CUCUCCGGGAUGACCGGCUUCCGCCGCGCGUCCUCCAUCGACACCCUGGGCCGUGGCAUCGGCGCCAAGAAGACCUUCAACGGCGCCGUGGCUCAGACCCUAGGGUUGGCUGGUCGCUCCGGCCGUGGCCGUCGUUUCGUCACCAAGGCCAUGUUCGAGCGCUUCACCGAGAAGGCCAUCAAGGUUGUCAUGCUGGCCCAGGAGGAGGCCCGCCGCCUCGGCCACAACUUCGUCGGCACCGAGCAGAUCAUGCUCGGUCUCAUCGGCGAGGGCACCGGCAUCGCCGCCAAGGUGCUCAAGAGCAUGGGCAUCUCCCUCAAGGAGGCGCGCAUCGAGGUUGAGAAGAUCAUCGGCCGCGGCUCCGGCUUCGUCGCCGUGGAGAUCCCCUUCACCCCUCGCGCCAAGCGCGUCCUGGAGCUGGCGCUCGAGGAGGCGAGGCAGCUCGGCCACAACUACAUCGGCACGGAGCACCUCCUCCUCGGCCUCCUCCGCGAGGGCGAGGGCGUCGCCGCUCGCGUGCUCGAGAACCUCGACGCGGAUCCCUCCAAGAUUCGCUCGCAGGUGAUCCGCAUGGUUGGCGAGUCCCAGGAGGCUGUCGGCGCCGCGCCUGGCGCGGGUGGCGCCGCGGGUGGCUCCAAGACGCCCACCCUCGAGGAGUUCGGCUCCGACCUCACCAAGCAGGCUGAGGAGGCCAAGCUCGACCCGUGCAUCGGCCGAUCGAACGAGAUCAUCCGCGUCACCCAGAUUCUCGGCCGCCGCACCAAGAACAACCCCUGCCUCAUCGGCGAGCCCGGCGUCGGUAAGUCCGCCAUUGCGGAGGGCCUCGCGCAGAAGAUCGCCGCCAACGACGUCCCCGAGACGCUCGAGGGCAAGCGCAUGAUGACCCUGGACAUGGGCCUCCUCGUCGCGGGCACCAAGUACCGCGGUGAGUUCGAGGAGCGCCUCAAGAAGCUCAUGGACGAGGUCAAGGCUGACGAGGAUAUCAUCCUCUUCAUCGACGAGGUUCACACGCUCAUUGGCGCCGGCGCGGCGGAGGGCGCCAUCGACGCGGCGAACAUCCUCAAGCCCGCCCUCGCCCGCGGUGAGCUCCAGUGCAUCGGCGCCACCACCAUCGACGAGUACCGCAAGCACAUCGAGAAGGACCCCGCGCUCGAGCGUCGUUUCCAGCCCGUGCAGGUUCCCGAGCCUUCCGUGGAGGAGGCGAUUCUCAUCCUCCAGGGCCUUCGCGAGAGGUACGAGACCCACCACAAGCUGAGGUACACCGACGAGGCGAUCGAGGCUGCCGCCAAGUUUGCGCACCAGUACAUCUCCGACAGGUUCCUCCCCGACAAGGCGAUCGAUCUCAUCGACGAGGCUGGCUCCCGCGUUCGCCUGGCGCACGCGGCGCUCCCCGAGGAGGCUAAGGAGCUCGACAAGGAGCUGAAGGCUCUGCUCAAGGAGAAGGACACCGCGAUUCGCGCGCAGGACUUUGAGGCUGCGGGUGCCCUCCGCGACAAGGAGGUUGAGCUCAAGACGGAGAUCCAGAAGAUCACCAAGGCGAAGCAGGAGGAGAACAAGGCGGCGCUCGAAGCCGGCGGCGGCGAGGCUGGACCCACCGUCACCGAGUCGGACAUUGCCAAGAUUGUCGCGUCGUGGACCGGCAUCCCGGUCGAGAAGGUGUCCUCCGACGAGGGCAACCAGCUCAUGAACAUGGAGGAGACGCUUCACUCGCGCCUCAUCGGCCAGGAGGAGGCUGUCGUCGCCUGCUCCCGCGCCAUUCGCCGCGCGCGCACGGGUCUCAAGAACCCCAACCGCCCCGUCGCGUCCUUCAUCUUCUCCGGACCCACCGGUGUCGGCAAGUCUGAGCUCGCCAAGUCGAUCUCCUCCUUCUACUUCGGCUCCGAGGAUGCGAUGGUGCGCCUCGACAUGUCCGAGUUCAUGGAGAGGCACACCGUGUCCAAGCUCAUCGGCUCUCCCCCCGGCUACGUCGGCUACUCCGAGGGUGGCCAGCUCACCGAGGCUGUCAGGCGGCGCCCUUACACCCUCGUGCUCUUUGACGAGGUUGAGAAGGCGCACCCUGACGUCUUCAACAUGAUGCUUCAGAUUCUCGAGGAUGGCCGCCUCACCGACUCCAAGGGUCGCGUGGUCGACUUCAAGAACACCCUGAUCAUCCUCACCUCCAACGUCGGCUCCUCCGUCAUCGAGAAGGGCGGCGGCGGCCUCGGCUUCCAGCUCAACGACGACGCCGAGGACACCUCCUACCAGCGCAUCAAGCAGCUCGUCAACGAGGAGCUCAAGAACUACUUCCGCCCCGAGUUCCUCAACCGCCUCGAUGAGAUCAUCGUCUUCCGCCAGCUCAACAAGAACGAGGUGCGCGAGAUUGCCCAGAUCAUGCUCAACCAGGUGUUCAAGCGCCUCAAGGAGAAGGAGAUCACUCUCGACGUCACCGACAGGUUCAAGGACCGACUCGUCGACGAGGGCUUCAACCCCACCUACGGUGCCCGCCCCCUGCGCCGCGCGGUGAUGCGCCUCCUCGAGGACAACCUCGCGGAGAAGAUGCUCAACGGCGACAUCAGCGAGGGUUCUUCGUGCAUCAUGGACGUCAACGCCGCGGGCGAGAUCACCGUGCUCACCGGCGACGGCGUCACCCUCAACGCCGGGCAGGUGCGCGGCGAGACUGGCAUCGCGUAAUUGAUCCGCGUACAAGCGUACGAGCGAAUGUUUCUGUGAAUUUCUUGAAUUUCUUUGGUGGGUGGGGCGCGCCGCGAUCACGCUCCUCCGAGACUGGCGGACGAAAACCAGUGGCUGAAGUCUGGUGACGUCGGCCCGCGGGCGAGGAGGCGGCGCGCAUUUGGCGAAAACAAAUACGGAGAGGACGGCGGGUCCCCUCGGAUAGUGUACUCAAACCUCAAUGCGGCGCUUUGGCAUUGAAAACUGAUACGUAGUGAGAGAACAACAUCUCAAUACAACAUCUUAAAUUCUUCCAGCA